AUGCGUCCCGCCAUCACCCUCGCGCGCCGCCUCUGCGCAGUCAUCUUGGCGCUUCUCAGCGUCGGCGGCCUCGGCGGCAUGAAUGACAGAAACGCGGCGGCGAAUUCGGCAAGGAUCACGCCGGCAGUACGGACGGCGCGCGCGCAGCCAAUGGCGGGGCCGCGGUGCGUGAACCGGUUUCCGCAGAAGCCGCUGUGCAAGUUCGUCGACGACCUCGCCACGUUGCCGCUCACCUUCGUAGACGCGUCGGCCGGCGAGACCAUCAAACUCGGCGCGUACGACAAGUUCCACUGCGACCGGCCCGCACCAAGGUGUACGCGCACGGCGCCUCCCGCAACUCAUAGGGUCCUCUUCCCCUCUCAAUUCUUCCCCAUUUCCCUCUUUCCCUCCGCCCGCCCCCCGCACACCCCAAGCGAGCAGAAGUUCCACCGCGACCUCCCUGACACCAAGGUGUACGCGUUUGGCGCCUCCCGCAGCUCGGCGCGCUACCCGGGCCUCGUGCUCCUCGCCACAUGUGGCACCACCACCAAGGUGAGCGGCACACUUCCGGGAUCCGCAUUUGAUUCCACCCCGAUUCUCGAGCAGGUGAAGUUUGAGAAUCACAUCAGGGACAAGACGCACAUGUUCACCAUCGACCCCACCCUCAUGGCGCCCAAGCUAAAGCACGGCGGUGUGCCCAUCAGUAAGUCCACUGCUCACCUGGUUGCCUUUGACUUCUCCUGUGCUGUUUACUCUCCUUGCAAGUGGUUCAGUGCCGUCAAUCAGUCUGUCAAGAUCGUUGGGCUUUCGGUUCACUGUGUCUCCAACAUUGGUUCGGACGGCGGCUACCUUGUCCGUCCGCUGUGCCGCUCCUCUCUGCUCGUCGUCCCCGGCACGCGGCACGACCUCCUUCUGGACUUCAACGCCGCGCCCGCCUCGUGCCGUGACAUCAUUCUUGUCAACAGCGCCGCCAUUCCCUUCCAUGUGGGGCAGCCUGCUGACUGGUUCACGGGCGUGGUCAUGCGCUUCAUCAUCAACCAGCGCUCUCCAAUCAAGCCCCCCGCCGUGCCCAACAAGCUGUCGCGCUCUCCAAUCAAGCCCCCCGCCCUGCCCAAGAAGCUUUUUGGUGAGUGUGUUACGUAUAUGACUCUCUUUCUGUCUCUCGAGCUCUGUCUGUCGAGCACGCACUCGCUCCCCUUCCCCGUGGGGCAGCCGGCUGACUGA